CGGCUCCCGGACUACUUCACACUUCACAGACAAUCGGCGUCUGCGCUAGCUGCAAUACGUCCGCACCGCGUGGUCCGCGUAUUCCAAUAUCCGUCACACAUUUCAUUCAAAUAACAAAUAUUACAUUACAUUGUAUUGAUACGCCAAAAAUACACGACACCAACAUCGUCGUCUCCUCGUCAAGUCGAGCUGAGAAAUCAAACGGAACAUCGAAAACGACUGCACUGCACCUUGACUUCGCAAAUCUACCGAAUAUCGUGUCGUGAAGACGGUAUUAUUGUUGUUGUUUUUAAAUCGCCCUAGUCGUCCGAACAUCACAACUAACGUAGCCCUUCGGCCGGCGACAAGAACAUAAUACAGAAAUAACGAUGUUCGUGGAACUCGCAGCUGCAGUGCUUUGGACCGUCGGUCUGGCAUGCGGAUCACCAAGCCACGGGGAAAACGAACAAUCAUUUGGUUACGAUUCUGGAGAGCUUGAUCCUCCGCAUUGGGCAACUGAAUAUAAAACAUGUUCAGGAAAAUAUCAAUCGCCAAUCGACAUAGAAGAGAAUCUUGUGACGAAAGUUAAUCUACCACUUUUACGUUUUCACAAUAUUGACACACUUCCCACAUCAACAACCAUAACAAAUAAUGGACAUACAGUGGUCUUACAAUUGAAUUAUACUGCACCAGUAAUGAUCAGUGGAGGUCCACUAACUCCAACCUACAGAUUUACUCAAUUACAUUUCCAUUGGGGUGUCAAUGACUCAUUGGGCAGUGAAGACCUCAUCAACAACCAUAGCUACCCGAUGGAAUUGCACAUGGUAUUUUCAAACACAGAUUACGAUGAUGAAAAAACAGCCUUAACAAAAAAUGACGGAUUGGUUGUUUUAGCCAUGUUCUUUGAAAUAACUCAAGAAGACAAUCCUGUAUACUCAGAAAUCGUCAACACCUUGGGUCAAAUAAAUAUGCCUGAUCAAUCAUCAAAUUUACAAGUCGGAUUCACUAUUAGAUCCAUGUUACCCGAAUCUACCGAACUCUAUUUCACAUACAAAGGUUCCUUAACCACACCACCUUGCUUGGAAGUCGUUACAUGGAUAGAUUUCAAACAUCCAAUUCAACUAUCUCAUAACCAGGUUCAAGCUUUUCGUAUGUUGCGUUCAAAACAUGGACAACUAACACACAAUUCUAGGCCUGUACAAGAGUUGUCGGGGAGACCAGUGUGGUAUAAUGUAGGUGGCUUUGCGGCUUUGAAUACACCAACUACUCAAAAAAAUACAGCUGCAACAUUUGGUCUUACCAUUUCCAAAAUGUUCAUGUUAUUAUGUUGCAAACUUGUUACACUAACUCUAUUCUGAUUCUUCUAUUGUAUUUAAAACCAACUUCAACCAUCAACAGAAUUUUUUUAAAUUAUUAUGGUCCAUGAAAAGGAUAUUUACACUAUAUAUUAAUCAAUAUGUAUAUAUAUAUAUAUAUAUAUAUAUAUAUGUAAAACAAAAAUUGUAUAACUAUAUUUAUGUGAUAGAUCUCAACAGUUUAUUAGUCUUACACGUUUUGUGUGUUUUACUUCUAUUUAACGAAACAUUUUUUGUACCUAUUUUAGUAUUUUACUAUUAUUUUUCAUAAAAAUUAUGUACCUAUUAAGAUUUUUUCUUACCUAUAAUAAUUUUACCAUUUAUUUUUUAAACUAACAAUUUUAAAUACCUAUAUUUAAUUCUUGUGAGUUAUUUGGUCUGAAUACUAUCAUUGAAACAUAUUCUAAAAAUAAUUACAUCAUUACAGAACCAUAGCUUUCACAUUUAAAAGCAAAUGAUGCACUUAAUUUGCCUUCAAUAAAAAUUAUGGCCAUAUUUUGUAAUUCUGUCAAUCACUUUAUAAUCACUAAAUACAUUUAGAAAGUAGGUAUUUUUAAAUAAUGGUCUCGCAUUAUACUAUAUUUUUGUAUGGUUUAAUUUAAAGAUAAUGUAAAAUAAUGUUCAAGUGAUAAUAUUUCUCAGGAAUUUUUUGAAUGGGGCUAAACUCUAUUUACCCUUAAAGCAAUAUGGACAUAUUAUUUAAAGAGUUACUUAAUUAUGUAAUUUAUUUAUAUACCUGCAUUACAAUUUAUUAUUGUUCUAUAUUGAUUAAAAAUUAAGACUAGAACAAUAUUCAUUAUAUAAUAUUUUAUAUAAGUGCAUAUAUUUAAUCAGGAUUUAAUAAAUACACAAGACCGAUACCUUGUACAUUAAUACUAAGGUAAAA